UUAGUAUAAGUGCUUUAGUUACAAUAGGAACUGGGUUUCAACGUAUUUUUUAGAAUGGGUGAAGAAAGCCAGGCGACACAAACGCAAACCCAGAAUUCGCAGAUAGAAUGGAGUCAACCUACCACUCCAAGUAGCAUACCGACAAUAUGGGGUAGACUUUAUUCGACAAAACUUUCAUUGAAAGGCAAGCUGUGCUGGAAAGCUUCUAGUUACCCCGAAUACUAUGAUCUCAUACAGCCAGAGUUCAACCUGGGAAGGGCUCUUUCAUGCACAUUCGUUAUGAAGAAAGAUAUAAUUAAGGAAGAUAUCAUAAAAAAUAUUAGCAAGCAGCAUUUUAUGAUAAGAAGAGACAUGGCGGAGCCCCUUAGCCCAGCUAUUAUAACAGACCUGUCCUACAAUGGCACUUUUUUAAAUGGUGAAAAGAUUGGCAAAGGCAACAGCAGAGUCUUAGAUGACAAUGAUGAAAUAUCUGUGACCCAUCCUGCUGUAAAAAUUUUUAUUUUCAAAGACUUAUUGAAGGAACAGGAUAAAGUGCCUACCGAAAUUUCACAGAAAUACUAUAUCUCAAGGAUACUUGGCCAAGGAGCUUGUGGGCUAGUCAAGUUAGUGUAUGACAAGACAAAAUGCACCAAGCAUGCUAUGAAAAUCAUUAAAAAAAGCAGAAUGACUAAUGGACAAGUUAAUAAUCUGAAUAAUCCAGAGAAAAUCAGGAAUGAAAUAAAUAUUAUGACUGCGUUGAGGCAUCCAUGUAUAAUAUCUACGGAAGCAGUGUAUGACUCGCGUGAAGCCGUAUACAUCAUCCUGGAGCUCAUGCAAGGCGGUGAACUGUUCGACAGGAUCACUAAACAUGGACGUCUGUCAGAAAAGCUGACAAGAUUCCUGUUCAGGCAGAUGGUGCUGGCUGUCAAGUAUCUGCACUCUCAGGGCAUCACUCACAGAGAUCUUAAACCUGAGAAUGUGCUAUUAGAGAGCAAAGAUGACGAGACACUGGUGAAAAUCAGUGAUUUUGGCCUGAGCAAGUUUGUUGGCGAGGACAGCUUCAUGAAGACCAUGUGUGGAACGCCACUUUAUUUGGCUCCAGAAGUAUUAAAGGCUAACGGAAGAGGAUACGGGCCUGAAGUUGAUGUCUGGAGUCUGGGUGUAAUUUUUUUCGUUUGCCUUGCAGGGUACUUGCCUUUUUCAGCGGACUAUUCAGACAUGUCUCUUCGAGACCAGAUAGUAACGGGCCGAUUUCGCUUCUCCGCGGCCCACUGGGAAGGCAUCAGUCUCCGGGCCAAACAACUUAUGAAGAAAAUGCUGACCGUCCCAGUUGAAAGGAGAAUAACGCUUGACCAAAUUCUGAGGCAUAGCUGGAUGCAGGAUGUUGAAGUUAUAAAUAGAGUUGACAGGCUACUGAUUCAAUCUGUUCAAGUGAGGCAAUUCAGCCAGCUUUCCGUCUCCUCAAUGAACUCUGACGAAGAGAACAACAGUAACGCAGACAACGUAACUGUCAUAAGACUAGUGGCUAAAGGGAAGCGCGGUCUGAGCGACAGUUUCAGCAGUUCAUGUGAACCUAUCCCAAAGAAACUGAGGAUACAACUGUCAUCCAUGGAUGACGACACUAGCUCAGCUAAUAGUUUGAGCAGCCCAUGAACCUAAGGUCUGAUAGUAUGUAAGUUUACCCUAGGUCACCAGUGCUCUCUUGUUAGGGAACAUCUCCAUACUACAUGACCCAUUUUUCACAUUUUUUUCCUCCCUCGGUGACCAACUCGUCCAACUUCUUUUCACGUAGUAACUAACUCAAACGUAUAUAAACUAUAAACGUACGACUUUAAUAUUUUUACAGUACAUAUGGUGGUACUUUACCGAAUUUAGUGCAGUAGCUAGCACUAUACGUGUAUAUGUCGAAAAUUUAAAGGGACAUAUGUACUGUAAAACGUACAUUACACGUGCAAAAAGGUAAUUCGCAACUCGUGUCGAUUUAAAACACUCCCUUCGGUCGUGUUUCAAUUUAUCGCCAAUCGUUGCGAAUUUCCUACUUUUCGCCUACGUAUCGUAAUGUACAUACUAUUUUGCAAACGGAGGGGUAUAGAAAAAAAAAAUGGCUUCAUGUUCCCUUACCAGACUGCAGUGGUUAAUGAUGAUUAUUGUGAUGUGUCUACCUCGUGAAUUACUUAUUACCUUUAUAUUGUUUGAAAAUGUUUUAAUUACAUGUUGUAUUGAAUCGGGGCCUUUGAGUUUUAUGACGUUUGUUUACUAAUUGUUAAAACCAUUGCAAGCAAGUGUGAAAUAUCUAAAUGCAAGAAAACACAGCAAAGGCCCUUAAAUCUGUUUUUAUAUUUGUUGAUAUGAUUGAUUCUUAUCCAAUUAAUAUGCUAAGUAAUUAAUAAGUGAUUUUUUGUAUCAAUAACAAGCAACAUUGUUAUUAUUGUCUAAA